CUGAAAAAGAGCAGGAAGCGUCGAGGAUGAUGCGUUGGUCGCACAGGUGAAGGUUCACCCAAUUUAACUUCUUCGCAGCUUCAACUUUUCGGUUCUUCCUUGUGCAAAGACUGUUUGUUUCGAUUCUGCUGAGAUUCACUGGAGAUAGUUUUGGGAAAAUGUCUCGCAAGAAGGCAGCUAAAGGCAAAGCCUCGACCAGCAGCCCAUCUGCAGGCAGCCCUACCGGGAAAGGCGCCGGGAGAACUGCAAGAAGCAGCCCGGGCAUUGUUCAGAUGAACGGCGUGGUCCACCCCAGCCGACCUUCCGUCAGCAACAGCAGCGAGUUUUAUGACAUCGCUUUCAAGGUGAUGCUCGUUGGAGACUCCGGUGUGGGGAAAACCUGUCUGCUGGUUCGUUUCAAAGAUGGAGCUUUCCUAGCGGGCAGCUUUAUCUCCACUGUGGGCAUUGACUUUAGGAACAAAGUCCUGAACAUUGAUGGAGUCAAUGUGAAGCUCCAGAUCUGGGACACAGCUGGACAGGAGCGUUUCCGCAGUGUUACUCAUGCCUACUAUCGUGAUGCUCACGCCCUUCUUUUGCUGUACGAUGUCACCAACAGAACAUCCUUUGACAACAUAAAGGCCUGGCUGACUGAGAUCCAUGGAUAUGCCCAACAGGAUGUGGUGCUCAUGCUGCUUGGAAACAAGGAAUUUGGAGUUCCCUUCAUGGAGACCAGUGCCAGGUCAGGUCUCAAUGCAGAGCUGGCUUUUACUGCUGUGGCCAAGGAGCUGAAGCACAGGUCUAUUAAGGAUCCCAGUGAGAAGUUUAAGCUCCAAGAGUACGUAAACACGGAGAUGAAGGAUGCUGGCUGCUGCAGAUCUUAAAAGCCUACCCUGUGUCAAUCUUUGGAUUUGUAUGUAUGUACGUGUGUGGAUGAGGCAUCUUCAUACAGGACGUGUUCAUAUAUUGCCUAAGAGAUGAGGAGUCAACUCUAGCGAGGUAUAAAACCUUUGCAAAAACCUUGAACUUUUGUUUCUCCACUCUCCAACUUCUUUGACUCAUCAUACACAACGUGCAUCUGUUGUCCUGUACACACCUUGCUGCCCUCCUUCAUCAUGCGUGUCCUGCUUUUCUGCACCAACCUCCUUCUGUACCUGUGAAUGUAGCCCAAGAUUACAGUUUCCAGAAGACAAAGAUAAGCACAACACACCUCAGGUUUCACCCUGUGAUUGUAGUGAUGUGUUUUCUGUCCAUGUUUGUGUUCACAACAGUAAUUUUACAGGCUCCAUUCAGCCAGUUUAGCUCACCAGCAUAAAUUCAUCUACGCUAUAUUGCCAAAAGUAUUCGCUCACCCAUCCAAAUAAUCAGAAUCAGGUGUUCCAAUCACUUCCAUGGCCACAGGUGUAUAAAAUCAAGCACCUAGGCAUGAAGACUGCUUUUACAAACAUUUGUGAAAGAAUGGGUCGCUCUCAGGAGCUCAGUGAAUUCCAGCGUGGAACUGUGAUAGGAUGCCACCUGUGCAACAAAUCCAGUCGUGACAUUUCCUCGCUCCUAAAUAUUCCACAGUCAACUGUCAGCUGUAUUAUAAGAAAGUGGAAGUGUGUGGGAACGACAGCAACUCAGCCACCAAGUGGUAGGCCACGUAAACUGACGGAGCGGGGUCAGCGGAUGCUGAGGCGCAUAGUGCGAAGAGGUUGCCAACUUUCUGCAGAGUCAAUCGCUACAGACCUUGAAACUUCAUGUGGCCUUCAGAUUAGCUCAGAACAGUGCUUCAGCAGAGAGCUUCAUGGAAUGGGUUUCCAUGGCCGAGCAGCUGCAUCCAAGCCAUACAUCACCAAGUGCAAUGCAAAGCGUGGGAUGCAGUGGUGUAAAGCACGCCACCACUGGACUCUAGAGCAGUGGAGAUGCCUUCUCUGGAGUGAUGAAUCGCGCUUCUCCAUCUGGCAAUCUGAUGGACGAGUCUGGGUCUGGUGGUUGCCAGGAAAAUGAUACUUGUCGGACUGCAUUGUGCCAAGUGUAAAGUUUGGUGGAGGAGGGGAUUAUGGUAUGGGGUUGUUUUUCAGGAGCUGGGCUUGGCCCCUUAGUUCCAGUGAAAGGAACUCUGAAUGCUUCAGCAUACCAAGACAUUUUGGACAAGUCCAUGCUCCCAACUUUGUGGGAACAGUUUGGAGCUGGCCCCUUCCUCUUCCAACAUGACUGUGCACCAGUGCGCAAAGCAAGGUCCAUAAAGACAUGGAUGACAGAGUCUGGUGUGGAUGAACUUGACUGGCCUCCACAGAGUCCUGACCUCAACCCGAUAGAACACCUUUGAGAUGAAUUAGAGUGGAGACUGAGAGCCAGGCCUUCUGGUCCAACAUCAGUGUGUGACCUCACAAAUGCGCUUCUGGAAGAAUGGUCAAAAAUUCCCAUAAACACACUCCUAAACCUUGUGGACAGCCUUCCCAGAAGAGUUGAAGCUGUUAUAGCUGCAAAGGGUGGACUGACGUCAUUUUGAACCCUAUGGAUUAGGAAUCGGAUGUCACUUAUGUUGAUAUGCGAGUCAAGGCAGGUGAGCGAAUACUUUUGGCAAUAUAGUGUAUCACGAUUCAACUAUGGACAUUUGGGAAUAUGUAUUAUUUCAACACACAGUAAAAGCCCAUGGAUGUUGCCAUUUUGCAUACAAAGGCACUAAGUAGUUUAAGAAGAUGUAAAUUAUUGCUAGUAUGCAGUAGUUGAAACAAAUCUACAGAGAUAAGGGUCAUGCAUGGGUAACAAAAUAACUUUUUAUUAAUAUUAUUGUAUUUUUUUCAAUAACAGAGAAACUAUGCUGAGUCUUGGAUAUCCCAAAUGCAACCUCACUUCAUGAUAAUAUAUAUUCUUUAGUCUGCUGAAAUUAUUUAACAGAUGAUCAAACAUACUGUAAGCAACAAGGUUUUGUCAAUUAUGCUGUAAAUACCUCUGUCUUCUUCUAUUCUCGUCUUCUUGCAUGUAAAAAUAAAUUGAAUAAAGGAAAAUAGCACUUUAGAUGGUAAAUUAGAGCAUGAGUGAGGAAUACAAGCUACAGUUACAUAAAGUAUUGUAUGUGAAACCCAUUGUACAUUUUCAUCUUUCUAUUUUAUUGUUAUGUAAACUGUAGUCUGCUUCUUUAAACUGCUGCUUUAUUAUUUGUUUUAAUUUUCUAUUCUUUAAUAUAUAAAUGAAAACUAUAUAUAAUGGUGGAAUAAAGUUUUUGGAUACCCCAUGCAUUUGUGAAAUAUUGCAUUAAGAAUCAAUCUUAGGUCUUCAAGUACAACUUAUUUUUGUACAGUCACAGCCAAAAUACUAAACAAAUCCUAAAAAAGCCAUUAAAAACUUUAAAUUGAUUGGUUCCAUAAAAAUACAAAAGAAAAGAGUAUUGGGUCAUCUUGGUACCAGUGAUCCACUAAUGAAGGUCGUAUUUUGUAAUAAUAAUUGUAAUAAUUUUUGUUGCCAUGUCUAUAUAAAGCCAGCACGUCAAAUUUCUUCAGAAACAAAAAUGGCUAAAACAAGGAACCUAAGGCAGGAAAUACGCCUGAAGAUAGAGAUUCUCAGCCAGGAAGAGUACAGCUGCCACCACAUAGCCAGGAAGUGCAGAUGCAGUCCUUCAGCAGAUGGUUACACUCUGCAGAAAUACAGACGAACCAACAUCUUGUAAGACAAAACAAGAUCUAGGCAUCCAAGGGUUUCUUCAGCAAGAAAUCCUGAUCCGCAUGUGCAGGGAAAACUACUGGAUGACAUCACAGGAGUUCCAGCAGCAGUGGUCAAACCAAACAAUAUCAUUUGUAUUUGUUUGUGUCUGUCUAAUGCAGCCACACCUUUUGAAACACCAAAAAAGAUUUUUCCCACAAAUAUUUCAUGACAAUAUUUGAGAUUGUGUACAAUUUUAAGGAUGUCCAGAAACUUUUUUUCCACCAGAGCAACUGUAGUGCCAUGUUUACUUAAAAACAUUUUGACUAGUACCUUAUUAUAAUGACUUAGUAUUUAACUUGCUCUUCAUGAAAGAAGUAUUGGCUUCUUUUUAUAUAACUGUUGCUUUGGUAGACUCCAGCUUCAUCAAAGAAAUUAUAUAAAUGGAGUAUCUCUCUGUAUAGUGCUUACGACAUUCUGACAGUUUUUUUUUUUUUGUUUUUCAAUCUUGAUGUUCAGAUGUUUUUUGUUUCCCUACCCUUUUAAUGUGCAUUUCUUUCUUGUAACAGAAAGUUAACUACAAUUUUAAAAAAUCCAAAGGAUAGUAUGGCAUUUACCCUUUUAAUAGCAACCAUAUUUCAUAUUCAAACAUACAAAUUCCUUCUUACUCGGUUUAGAAUAUGACACCAAAAAUGACUGUGUGCAGCAGAGAAUCAGUGUUUUGCUCAGUGGCACUUACGAGGGAUAGGUGCAUACUCACAUAGUUUACUUGACUCCAGCUCUUUAGAGCUCUUCAUUAGACAGUUACAAAAAAACUCACAUCACUGUAGUCAUACAUGUGUGACUGUUCCUAACCCUCAUCCGGUCCUCACUCAUGUAUUACAGUCUUGUGUCUAUUUAGUUUUAGUCCGCAUGUAAAUGCUCACAUAGUGUUUGACCAUUCAGGUCAGGGUGGUUCUCCUAUUUUAAGUAUGUAAGUCACAUUGCAUGGCAGAUCAGUGAGUUAGGCCAACAUCCAUGAACUCAGGAGCGACUCUAGAAGAAUAGAGUCCGGCAGAUAAUGUAAGUGAGGUUCUGGAUGGUGGUAGGUGAAGAAUAAAAGAGCCAUUGUUGGAAUGGUAACUGGUCAGGAUGUCUCACCUUUAGGUCCUUUUCUCCAUUAACCUUCAGUUUUUAUAAGAGUUUCUAAAGAAAAAAACUAUCAGACAAAGACUUUCUUUUUCAGUUUACCAGCAUACUCUUGAGGCAGCAUUGAUCCACUGGUAACAAUCUGAAAUUUGGUGAUCCAGUCUUAACCUCUACAGUCUUGCAUGCAAAAAAGAAAUUUUCUGUCCUGGGCCACUAUGGUAAUUCCAAACUGCCCAUGGUAGCCCUGAAUAUUGGGAGGAGUACCUGCAAGUACAGUCCAAGUCAAUUUCCUUGCUGUCAAUGAACACCUCACCAUUUACAUGCACAUACUACAAGCAGAGAGAGAAAUACAUUUAAUUAUUCUUUUUUAAAUUACCCUGAAGCUCAAUGUUGUUGCAUGACACAAAAAGAUGAGCUUUCACUAAGGUGUAUAAACUCUUUCACAAUAAUAUGAUUGUAACUGUGUAAUGUUCUGAGGGAAUCAUGACUGUUAUGGUGCCACAAACCAAAUUUGCUGUAUUGAGAUGAGCUAUUGGCAGCACCAAUAAAUUCUGCUAAAUCCACACAUAAAUGUGUCUUCAAUGAAAAUA